CAGCCGUAGAUAAGAUAGGAAAGAAAGCCGGAAUGCGGCACCUGCGAUUCAUCAGUCGCGUCGCGACGCGCCAUCUAACCAAGCUCCCCCUCCAAUGAAUCGACAAGCACAUUGCGCCGACUCAAGUAUCCCGACCAGGAUACUAAAUCCCACAUUGGAAAAAGAAUAGCAGGUGUCCAAAGAAAUGACCUCGUCAAUUAGCUCAGAAACGCAACUCUUAGCGGAGCAUUUUGGCUACCCUCCAGUGAGCCUCCUAGAUGAUAUCAUCAACAGCAUAAACAUCCUCGCCGAGCAGGCCCUCAACAGCGUCGAGAGGGGCCUGCUCGCCGCGAAACCCACCAGCCUUGGAUUCCGCGCACCGCCGCCCCAGUCGAAAAAGACAAAACACUCUGCCACGACAACCGUAGAAGAUGCUCCCCCACCAUCGCCCGAGGAGACGCAGCGGCAUGAGGUGGAAAAUGGCACCCAUCAGCUCGAGACCCUGCUGUGCGCGAGCAUUGAUCGCAACUUUGAUAUAUUUGAGAUUUGGGUCAUGCGCAACAUAUUGACGGUACGACCCGACGACCGUGACUGGAUCCGGCUCUCACACUACGAGGGUCUAGACUUUUCGGCUGCAAGCAAAAGGAUGAAAUUGGCAGGGACGGAAACCGGUCAGGACGAAGCAGUGAAUGCAGACGGCCCGGAGGGCGACAAAGAGCCGAGUAACCAGACAAGGGCCGGUGGCAAAGGCGAGGACGUAGACGCGGCAGAGACAGCGGGCGAUGCGCCAACACUAGCGUCCGUGGCCCGACUCCGCCGCCGUCUCCAGGCCAGCCAGAAGCUCAACGUGAUGCUGCAUGCCGAGCGGGCGCGGAACGCCAAGCUGCUCGAUGAGCUGCGGCAGUUCAUCCACGGCACACCCGGGCCCGCCGCCGUCAAGGUGGAAAACGAAGAGGGCCAAAACAAACCAAACCUCGCAUUCCUCCGAAGCAAGGGCGACCUGACAGUCGGCGACGCCGAGACCCCCCUGACGACGACGACAGCCUUCAGCCUCUCCCAGCUGCAAGCCCUCCGUGCGCUUUCGACAUCGCUGCAAACCAUGAUGCCGGAUCUUGUGCAGAGGACCGGCGGUGCCGACCAAGGCGAUACAAAGAAGAGCUGGAGAACCGAGAGACUCGAGUACGUCGAGGGGUCGACGCGGAGACACCUCGAGAACGUCAGAGGACUGGAGCUGGGCGCGAGUGGGUAUGUACGUGACGGCGAGUGGCAAGGCGAAGGGAGGAGUCUUGCAACGGGCGAGGUCCAGGGCCUGGAAAGAAUUGCUAGUCUUCUCGGUGCCGAACCGAAAAAUAGUGUUCGGGAACCAGAAACGAGGACGGCGGAUGCCAUGGACGAGCCUUGAUGUGCUGUGAUGUGUCGGCCUAUGAUGAAUAAUAAAGCGCAACUGAAAGCGAUAUCUGAUCCUGCAUUUUGAAAUAAACACAAUCACUUUAAUUCUAAUUUGGAUCCCUCGAUCUAAAUAGGAUGGUAUUAAUACUACAUUUGAGUCUGGGCUGGACUUUGUUUGGUUCUGUUGACCUUCCCCGACAUCAUUGAGAUAGCCC